AUGUUUGGCAAUGUUUGUCCGUCCACCAGCAAAACAAAUGAUAAAGGAAAGAGGAAGUUGGAUCUCCAGGGUGAGUCCAGCCAAUCACCAGCCGGAAAACGAGCAUGUGAGGAUAUACAAGUUACACAAAGAGAAGAAGAGAUUCUGUCUGAUGUGAAAAACAUCAUGAGAUGUGUCAACCAGAAACUACCUAAACAAGACAACAAGUUUAACAAGUUCCUGAAAAAUAAAAUAAAAGAUUUGGAGACAGACAAAAGGGAGGUGGUCGGUGUCUUUGGUAAAACGGGGGCUGGAAAGAGCUCUCUGAUAAAUGCCGUCAUUGGAGUGAAGGAUCUCUUGCCCUCUGGAAGAAUCAGUGCAUGUACCUCAGUGAUGAUUGAAGUGGAGGCUAACAUGCCUAACCCAAAGUAUGAGGCAGAAAUCGAGUUCAUUACAAAAGAGGAGUGGGAAGAGGAGUUGAAUCAUUGUCUUGGUAAUAAUGAUGAUCAGGAAAAAGGCGAAGAUUAUCAAGACAGUGUUGAAAAGCUGUCAGUGCUGUAUGGAGAAGAAUGGAAAAACAAAUCUCCUGAAAACUUCUUGGAUAAAAAAUACUUCAGAGAAAUUCCUGAAUUUCUCAAUUCCAAGAGUAUGAUUUUGACAAAGGAUACAGCUGAAGACUUAUCUGCAGAUGUGGUCAAAUACACACGAAGUGAGUCAAAAGACGUGAAGAGGUGGUAUUGGCCACUGGUGAAGUGUGUGACUGUCAGGGUGCCGAAGAAUCGUCUUCUCCAGCACGUCACACUUGUGGAUCUUCCUGGAAACGGGGACCGUAACAAGAGCAGAGACAGGAUGUGGAAAAAGCUUGUUGGAAGUUGUUCUACUGUGUGGAUUGUGGCUGAGAUAAAUCGAGCAGCUUCUAAAAAAGAAUCCUGGGAGAUCCUGGAAGAAUCCUGCAGCCUCAUGGGAAAUGGUGGCGAGUGUCAGCAGAUUCAUUUUAUCUGCACCAAGUCUGAUGAAAUUGGAGGUUCAGGAAAUCAGCUGACAUAAAGACGCCUGUGUCCAUAGAACUUGAAGAAAAGCUGAGUCAUGAACUUGAUAAAGUCAAGAAACCCAUGGACGAGACCCUAAUGGCUUUUGAAAAAUGCCUCAGUGAGGGGGUUGAAAAAUCAAAAAGUUCAUGUGAAAAAGUCUUAAAGUCUGUCCUUUAUCCUAAAACAAUAAAAGGUG